UCACCCAACCCCCUAGCAGCCGGCCGCACUGCAGAAGGUCAGAAGAGGAGAAGAAGAAGAGGAGAGAGGCAAGGCAGGGGUGGGGUGUGUGUGUUGUGUGUGGGUGUGGAUGUACGGGAAUAUGCCUAGGGGAGAGCGAUGACAACCAUGCUGAGCCCAAAGAUCAGACAGACCAGGAGAGCCAGGUCGAAGAGCAUGGUGAUGGGCGAGGUGUCGCGAGGCCCGUGCAGGCCAGCCUCCCCCAGCCUCCAGGAGGGGGCGCUGAAGGCCGGAUGGCUGAAAAAGCAACGCAGCAUCAUGAAGAACUGGCAGCUACGCUGGUUUGUGCUGCGCUCAGAUCAGCUCUACUUCUACAAAGAUGAAGAAGAAACCAAACCACAGGGCUUUAUACCCCUACAGGGAUGUCAGGUCAAUGAGCUCACGGCCAACCCAGACGAGCCAGGCAGGCACCUCUUUGAGAUCGUACCAGGUGGAACGGGAGAGAAGGACCGUGCCCCGAUUAGCCAUGAAUCCUUCCUGCUCAUGGCAAGCUCGCAGACCGACAUGGACGACUGGGUCAAGGCCAUACGGCGGGUCAUCUGGGCGCCAUUUGGCGGAGGAAUUUUUGGCCAACGUCUGGAGGACACAGUACAGUUUGAGAGGAAGUUUGGACCCCGGCUGGCACCACUGUUGGUAGAGCAGUGUGUGGACUUCAUCAGAGAGAGGGGCCUGGACGAGGAGGGUCUCUUUCGGAUGCCUGGACAGGCCAAUCUGGUCAAAGAUCUUCAAGAGGCCUUUGACUGCGGAGACAAGCCUUUGUUUGACAGUAACACAGACGUCCACACCGUGGCAUCCUUGCUGAAGUUGUACCUGAGAGAACUGCCUGAACCAGUCAUUCCUUUCUCCAAAUAUGAGGACUUUCUAACCUGUGCACAGCUUUUGGCCAAAGACGAGGAGGAGGGGAUCCAGGAGCUUGGGAAACAAGUUAACACUCUACCUCUGCCUAACUACAAUCUCCUCAAGUACAUAUGCAAGUUUCUUGAUGAGGUUCAGUCCCACUGCAACGAGAACAAGAUGAGCGUUCAGAACCUGGCCACAGUAUUUGGACCAAAUAUCCUUCGAACCAAGAUGGAGGACCCAGUUAUUCUCAUGGAAGGAACUUCUCUGGUCCAGCACCUAAUGACAGUCCUCAUUAGGGAACACCAGCGAUUAUACUCAGGGAGGGAGCACGAAGGACCUGCUUUGCCCCUAAUGGAGUUACCUGCCCAGGGGCAUCAGCUCCAACACCGCAGCCUGGGAGCGUGGAUAUCUGAGGAGGAUCUACAGAGCGGUCCAGGUUCCAACACUGAACAAGAACUCCACAGCAGUGCCUCAUCUCUGGACGCCAAACUGUCUGCGGCCAUCACCCCUAACCCAAACCCUGGACCAAAAAUCGCACCUUCAACGGGGAAAGGAGAGCCCGUUGUCAGUCCAAGUAAACAAGCCAAGACCAUGCCUUCCUGGAAAUACUCUUUCAAAAGUUCUUCAACUCCCCGUUCCCAGCCACAGGCUAAGCAAGCUACCACAGGUGCCACAGUGGCAGAUACAAGUACUCCUUCCGGUGGCGGAGGUAACUGGCUCAUGAAUGGUCUGUCCUCCUUGAGAGGACACCGCCGCACUUCUUCAGGGGAGCGAUCCGCCAGAGAUCGUGACUCUACCGGGUCGUCCCAGAGACUGUCCACUUAUGACAACGUCACGUCUUCCUCCAGCACAGGGAGCGUUCCCAGUGUCUCCAGCACACCGUGGUCGAGCUCCUCUUGCGAUAUCUCCAUUCCAGACUCCAGCGGAGAACCUCAGACACAUCAGAACUUUGGAGGUGGAGCGGAUAGCGAUGAGAGGACGGAGUGGACAGAGAGUCAGAGGGAGACUGAGAGGGAAAAGGAAGUGGGGAGGAUGAUGGAGCAGGGCGUGGACUUGGAUGGAUGCGAGGCCAUGGAGCUUUGCAGCAGCAGCGCGGCAUUCGGCGAAAGCGAAAACGUACCCAUGGUGGCAGGGGUGCCGUCCAUUAUUAUGACAGAAGACGGAGAUGGGACUACCCUGACCCUGAAUACUCUGGUGGAGGAACUGAAGGAGGAGUUGAGGAAACAGAGGACAACAUAUGAGACCAGGAUUCAGAAAUUGGAAGAGUCCAGCACAGCGCUGUGUGCCCAGGUGGAGCGUUUAGAACAAGAGAUGGAGCAAGAGAAGAAGAAGCAGCGCAUGCUGGAGAUCAAGCUGCGGAACUCUGAGCGGGCGAGGGAAGACGCCGAGAAUCGUAACCGUCUCCUGGAGAAGGAGAUGGAGGAUUUCUUCUCCACGCUGGGCAAUCUGGCCCUGGGCUCAAGGACAAGCGACAUUUGACUCAACAUGGAUUUCCUGUUUUAGCAUUAGCAGAAACAGCGCUGUAGCCAUCAACUGACGUCUCUCGGCUCGAAGCAGCAAGACGCUUCUUUAAGAAAAUAACUAUCAGUAAAAGAAUGAAAGGAAGCAUACUGUUGCACAUUUCUAACAAGCUUGAAAUUGAUGAAAAGAAAUGCUGAAGGACGUAAAUGUCAUCACUGUUCUGUGAGACUGUCCAUAGGAGGGUUGACUCUGUGGCAUGCUUGAAACUGAACAUGAAGAUGGAGCUCCUACAGUUAGCAUUCCCCAUUCACUGAGGUUUCAUGUUUCUAAUGAAGGCAGCGUCAUCAACAUCUCAGGUGCCUGUUUUGUGACUGAAACAUGGUAACAUAACUUCCCCAAAGCUUUGUACUGGAGAGCGCUUCUUCAACCACUACUUUCCAUCGGUCUUGUACUAACACUGUAGAGUUGUAGGAACCAUUUAUUAUUUAUUUAUAUUUACAGAAACAAUAGUUUGAGAUUCGAUCAAAUCUGCUUUUUACCUUUUGCUUGAUUCUGUGAUUCUCAAACUUUUUAUAACUGUUACCAUCUCAGUAAAUACCACGUUUUUGGGGAAAACACCAUUUUGUCCAGAUAUAUUAUUUAUUUAUCUGGACAUUAUUUAUGUUUUCAUGGUUUUGGCAGUUAUUUUAAAACUGUCACAACAAAAUAUGGAGUUUUUCAGUUUCUCUAAAGGUCUCCAAGUCAGAAUUCCCAGUGAGAAACGUAGUUUUUUUCUCCCCAGCCCCAAUUUAGAAAUCCUACAUGGCUGCCUUCCAUGUGAAAUUGGUAGAUAAAAGAAAAAAGACUGUUUAUGGGAAUUUAUGAUAAUUCGUGCCAUUAAAUCAUCAUAAAUACACUCCUGUACAACAUCUUUUAAGGGAACCUGAUGAUACAGUGUUUGAAUGCACAAAACAGAUAAAUAUACAUUGUUAUUGGCUGGUAAAGCUAACAGACGUUAGCCUUGAAUACAGAAUUUACCAAAUCUCGCUGGUUCUUAAUUUGGAACUGGUUAGGCUGAGUUUUAUCUAAAUCAUAGAUUCAAGUUUCAACUUCAGGGGCAAAAAAAUUCAUCAAAAGUCAGCAGACCUCGUUAUUGCUUCACUUUCACCUUACUUCUGACAGGGAUUAUAAAAAAAAUUUAUCCACUGCACUUCUAUUUUGAAAAUUUUCUGAUGAAGGAAAAGGGUCUGAAUCAGAGACUAUAUGUCCCUAUCUACCUUGCAAAUAUUUAUUGCUAAAUUUUGCUAAAAUUCUUGUGACGGGAGUCCUAAAGGAUUGUACCUUAGUACCUUAGUUUGAGAACUAUGGCCUUAGGUUAAGUAAUACUUUGACCAAUAUUUGUAUCAUAAAGUGCUGCCAGCUUGCUACUUGUUAGCAUAACAUCAGACCAAGAAAGAGCUAGCCACAUAUAUCUUGAAAAAGGCCUCAAAUACUCAGUAAUAUAUGGUGAAAUCUGUACUUCUAAAACACAAACUGUUCAGACUAUUUAUUUGAUUAGAAAAAGUGGUUUGGGCUUCGCCUGGAUUACCCAGCUAACUGGGUUUAGCUAUUGUGUACAUUGCAAGGUCAGUUGAUCAUUUGCUUUGUUGUUUGUUUUGGAAAAAUGAACUAAUCAGUGGUUAGUGUGUCUUCAUACCUGGUCAAAUAAAAUUAUCUGAAUACAAGAUAAGCAAUUUACCUUUAAAUAAACAUGGCUAACUGGGCUAUGUACAAUAACAACUUUAGCAGAGGUCUUUCUAUUUUCCAUAUUUGUACUACAAACAAUGUUAAGUUUGUAUAUUGUAUUAACAAAAGCAGGUAUCAAUAAACUAGACUUUCAAUUUCCUAAGUAAAACCUAAACACAUCUGGACUGGACUUCUGCCACAGCUGCCUCAGUCCCAUAGUUGUCCUCAGGCCCUUCCAGUGCCUCUUGUUCGUCACCAUCUACACGGUUUCUGAAUCCAUUCGAUGGCAAAUCCUGGCUCUUCUGUUGGGCCCUCACAUUGUUAAUGUCUGUCAGGUAUCAAGGGUUACGUUUACAAUUCCUCAAGCAUUUAUUAUUUAAUCUAUCAUAUGGAGCCAGUGACUAAUCACUUAGCUCCCUUAAAGAUUUGUUCUGUUUUUACUUUUCUGUUCCGCUUAAAUGUAUCUAAUUAUAUUUCACAUCUGACAAAGAAAAAAUGAUUCCAUGCAUUAAGGGGGAAAUACUGUCCAAAACAACCUCCAGUGAAUUAUAAGCCUGGUGGGCCACCAGGCUUUACUUGCAUCCCCACCAGCCUAAGAUUGUUUAUUUUAAGUAGGGUUUUUUAUACACCAUUAACAGUGACCGUAAAGACGGAUUAAGUGAGGUUUAUAGUAGAUGAGUUGAAUUGGGCGUAAGGGGGUUGUGCAUAAAUUGCACCAUCACCACACCUGCCCGUUGGCAGGUGCAUGCUCAUGCACCUCCAAAUUUUUGUAACUUUUAAAAAAUUUUAACGCAAAAACACGGUGGGCCGCUGGUAGAUUUCCCUAGCUCCACUACCAAUGGGCUUAGCAAGUUUUCUGGGGGAAACCCUAUUUAUCCUUUCAGAAAUGGGCAUUGUGGGCAGGCUGUCAAUGCGCUUUGGGAGUCAUUUGCGGAUAAAGGUUUUCGCGAGUAAAGUCCAAACGCUACUGAAAAGACAUUUUAAACCACUGUAUGUUUUUAACUUUUUUAGAUAAUAUGUUGCUUUUUGAGAUCUACUAGCCUACUUCGUGUUGGUCGACAAAUUGUGUGUAAGAUUCUUGAUUUGACAGGCCAGGCAACUGAAACUGAAUUUAAACUUCCAAAUAAUGUAGUUUAUUGUAAUUCAUAACUUAAUGGGAAGACAUUUUUUUCUCAUAAGGCUUGUUUGGGUUGGAUCAUUUUUUUCCCCUCACAAGAGAUCAUCAGUGGAAAACCUGCCUCCAUCACUAUGGUUCUCUUUGACCUGAAACAUUUAGGUGUAAAAAAUCAAAACAGAAGGCGAAAUCUGUAAGGGGAGGAGGGAAUACUUUUCCAUUGCCCUGUUGGACACAGUAAAUACCAAAGCUGGACUGCCUCAUCAGCGAUUCACUCACAGGAGAUCAGAAUGGACUGCCUGGAAGCCAUGUUGAUUUUGGCACAUGAAGCUGAACACUGCCCUCAGAGAAACAAUGGAGUUUCCUGGCUGUGCCUUCAGGGAAGUGUUUUUGAACAUGAAAAAAAACAAAAAAGAAACGAAAUGUUGCUUGCUUGUCCUAAGAUGUGGUGCUAAUAUUCACCCACAUGGUGGCUGCUCCUUUUCUUUUCCUCUGUUUUGCUUUGUUGUAGUAUGGAACCAAUGCCUGAGGCUACUGAAUCAUUUAAUGGUGCCAAUUCCUGUUUGUAAAUUGUAAAGUGAUUGGAAGUUUUGCAUCUAGAAUGUAUCAAUAUAGUGAAUGAGUUAUAUAUCAAAAAUUAGCGGCAAUAAUUUGGGUUAUUUAGUCUGUCAUAAGAAAAACAUGGGGGCUCAUUUUUUAGUCACAUUUGCAUCAAGUUAUUCACUCAGUCAUAAGUGUCACAGUUUCAAACAAAAUAUUUAAUUAGCUAAAUAUGUGGUUUACAAACCACAUAUUGGUUGGCACAAACAAAAUUUUUAGAUUUGAACUAAAUUCUUAAUUUGCUAAUGCUAAUUAAAGAUUUAGCUCCAAACUAAAUAGCUUUAAGCUAACUAGUUAGUUUGUAGACUAAAUAUUUAGCUUGCUAUUUAGAUUGAGGCUAACUAUUUAGAUUGCUGUUUUUUUAUUAUUAUCUAAAAAUUUAGUUUGGAGCUAGAUAACUAAAUAUUUAGUUUGCAAAUGCUAAAUAUUCAGUUAGCCAAUGAUAACUAAAUACUUUGGUUGGAGCUAGACAUUUAAUUUGUAAGCUAAAUAUUUAGUUUGCUAAUUAAAUAUUCAGCUUGAAGCUACAUAUUUAGUUUGCAAACUAAAAAAUGUAGUUUGCUAAUUAAAUAUUUACACCUUGAAACUGACAGAUAAAUGAAUGAAUAAGAAUCAAUCUGUAAGGUUUGUAAAUUGUAAAGUGAUUGGAAGUUUUGAAUCAAGAAUGUAUCAAUACAGUGAAUGAGUUUUGGAUUGAAACCAGCAAUGUGACAGAAAUGUAAGACUUUUUCUUGUAGUCAACCGAUGCAUUUGGGUCCAGCCGUACCUUUACAAAGUGGGUCUAACACAGACGGUUUGGCUCAUCAUGUAAGAGUUUUCUUUGCAGUUUUAGUCUGACCCUUUAUAAACCGACUAUUACAGUUCACUGAAAAAUUGAAUUUCGAUUGGACACUGUGAUUUUUGUGACACAAGGAUCAAAAAAGCAUCGUUAUUUUCCAGGAUUGUACAGUUUUUGAGCUCCUCACCUCCUUCACAAAGUUUAGACUGUGAUGGUGAAAAAGCAAUGGCAGGUACUUGUAUGUAAGUAAGAUUCUUCUCAACAUCGAUGGUGCUUAUUUAUUAUAGAUUCACAUUGUUGUAAUGAAUGGCCGUGUCUGAGAAAUAAAGACAACUGUCACACAAGACAAAGGUGAACCUGAA